AUUGUCUAUCGUGUUCUCAGACCGUGCUACUGUAUUAUUUUGUGUGAAAGGCAAUAAUGUUUAAGACAUUAGUUACAUGAUCAUGAAUUUGUGCUAAUACUUAUUGAAAUUACAAUUUAAAAUGGGUAGCAGAAAAGAGAGUUUGAAGAAAUCGUUGGGGAUAUCGGAGUACCCAUGGAGCUCAGAUGAAGAGGACAGUAGUGCCUUACAGCCUGUGCAGGUAGUGAGGAGGCAAUCAGAUGAGCCCCGGCCCAGUGUUGCUGAUAUGCCAGGAACAAGCACUGCUAGUGAUGAUACGUGGUGGAGAGAGCAGAGUGCCAGCCAGCCUGAGCAUGCAACCGGUUCACAACAAACGCCUUCUUCGCCUGCGACCGUAAGGAAGCAGCAGGCUAAGAUGGACAGAGCUCUGUUCUGGUCAAUCAUCAAUAACACUCCAAGACCUUCCAAUACUCCAGUCACACGGCCCAGGCUGUGCGAAGUGCCUCUAACGAUGCUAUCCCCGCCGUCGGGGCCGCCGCGGUCGGAAGCCCGGGAUUCGCGCCGCAGCGACCGGCCGUCCACGUCUGCGACAGACAUACGCCGCAUCCUCGCCUUCAAGAAGCUCACGAGAAGCUUGCAUAACCUCACGUACAAGGGUCCUUCUAACACGCAUCCUGCUACGAGGCGUUUGGCCGUGAGCGUGGGAUCGUCCCGCAGUCCGUUAUUCACGCCGUCACUGCCAUCGGACGCGGCUUCCAACCCCAGGACCCGGGCGACCUCUAGCAGAUCGCAGCUCCCACGCAGCUCAAUGAGAUACCCCCAUAGAAAUUACGCAUCAGGCUACCACCUGGACAUACUCCCGGAGCAGGCUAUAUCAGGUCGCUGCCGGGCGCCGCGGCCCGGCGUCGCGUCCGACAUCGACACCAGCCCGCCGGCACCUGAGCCACAUCACUACGUCAAUGUCGACCAGUCUGAUGAUGAUGUGGAAGCAGUGUCGGAAACACCCGCUACAGCUGAGCAGAACGAUGACAAUAACGCCGAGGAAGAACAUGCUGAGACGCCAACUCACGACGCUUCAGCGGGCGCCAUCUCGCUGGAAGAAGAGAUAGUGGAAGUGGACGCCCCGGACGAGCCGGACACCGCGCCCACUGUGGACGUCGAGUCUGAUGCCCCGGAGCCGCAUAUUAGCAAUGAGAAUAACGCCGCGGCCACAACUUCUGAUGAGAAUGCUGAGUCAGCUCAGCCACAAUCGCCCUUCCAUGGCAUUAAAAGGAAAAGGGAGACAAAUGAAGAAAAUGCAGAGCCCUAUUCUGUCCAAGAGUUUAACCAAAGUUUACUCCGUCUGCUGGAGUGCCCGGUGUGCCUGGAGUGGAUGGAGCCGCCCAUCUCGCAGUGCCGCCGCGGCCACCUCGUGUGCAGCCGCUGCCGCAUGCGCCUCGCCUCCUGCCCCGUCUGCCGGACCACCUUCUCGUCGGUGCGGAAUAGAGCUAUGGAGGGGGUGGCGGAGAUGUUGCGUUACCCGUGCCGGCACGGGUGCGGGCGCGAGGUGCGGCUGCGGCGGCGCGGGCCGCACGAGGCGUCGUGCGCGGCGCGGCGCUACCACUGCCCCGCGCCGCCCUGCGCCCGCCAUCCGCCGCUGCCACAUCAUGAUCUCGCUCACCACUUCCAGUGCAAGCACCUCCCGAUCCUGAAGAUCGGCAGGAAGCACAAGUUCUCGAUGAAGGUGAACUCGGAGCAGCACGACACGUGGCUCAUCAUGGCAUUGGACGAGUUCUUCCAUCUGCGUGUUGACGUCGACAUCCGCACGUGGGGCGUCAUUGUGUAUGUCGCUUAUAUUGGACCCAAGCGUAAGGCGAAGCAUUAUACUUAUGAGGUCACAGUGGAAGGUCACCACAACUCUCGAAGUCUGAAGUACGCGCGAGCCACUCACAGCGACCUUGAGAGUCCGUCCUUGAAUGUGAGCCGUCAGGACUGCUUCCACCUGACCUUGGACCAGGCGCUCAACUUCCUUCGCUUCAAGAACAGGCACUGCGAGCCCGACAAAUUCUUGGACUUCGAUGUCGAAAUUGGCAAAUGUCAAAGCGCCAACUCUCAGGAAUCUAAAGAUGACUCCGAUUCUUAAACUGUAUGAAGAAAAUAUAGAUCUACUUUCGUGCAAUCGCGCAGAGUUAUAAACGCUGCGAUUACGGCGGAAUAUGCAUGUUCUCGAAUGUAUUUGUAUGAAGCAGCCGCGUUGUUUAAGUGAACUGCUCAACAAAGUGAAACUUUUGUGUAAAAACUUUGAAUCUGUACUAUCGCAUUCUAUUUAAAACUCAUUAUACUUUGUUGUUUAUUACAAGGAUUCAGCAAGAUGUCAGUAGUUAAACUCUCUGAUUAAAUGUUGUCGUUACGAGGAAGACCUUACAAGUUGUCUUUUCACAGUAUCUUGUCUCAAGAGGUCCAACAAAAUAUGUAUUGUGUUUCUUGGCAGUAGAGGACUAACAGAGGGAAGGAAUCAAAUCAUGAAGCUUGUAAAUCUUGCCCCGGACCCCUGAAGGUCCUAGUCCGCCACUGUUCGUUGGAAAUAGCUCAUCGCUCGGCUUGGAUUUAAAUUCUAUAUCAGACGUGCUCUUAUUGGAACCUAGUGAUAAUGCCCUACGUAUACAACGCCUAGUAAAUAUUAAGAUCUUAUUCGUGUAGUCGUAGAACGCUCAGUGUUGGUAUUUAUACGGUUCUAUCAGAUAAUAUUAGCCAUGUUAGGGUUGCCAGACUUUUACUAUUUAGCCGGUCAGUUUUGGCUUUUUACACCUUUGUCCGGCUAAACUUUCUUAGACUUUCGAAUUUAUGUUAUGAUGAGGAGAAUAAUAACAAUGCACACUGUCCAUGACAAAAUCUUCCUAUGUAAAAACUAUAACUUUCAAAAUUCAUCCGCCUUUCCAAAUAUUUUUUACUUGGCAACCAUAGUCAUGUAAGAGUAGGUUUAUACUAACUUCAGCUCCGAGUUCUAUAUGAUAAUAAAUAAAUCAUUGUUGUAAGGCAUUUCCAUGUUAUGUUUUGAUCUACAAAUUUAAUACUAUACGUUUAAACUUAAUUUAUAAGGGACUACUCACACUUAAUCAGCUCUAUUCAGCUUAUGUCCAUAGAAAACAACGGUUUUAUAUGAAGAUGCGUACGCAUCCAUUCGCUUUCCGCAUUUAUUUGAGAAGCUGACCGUCUUCGCAGCGUAUUCCGUACGUAGUAGAUAGAAGCAUUUUAGCGGAGAUAACACUCUUACGCCGCUGUACGCGGAAGAUAGAAGUAAAACUGUAUAAGUGUGACCAAAAUCGUUCAGCGAAACGUGAAUAGAGCUGAAUAAGCGUGCGUAGUCCCUAAAUCGUUAGUGUAAGUUGUAAUAUUAAUUUAGUGUUCUUCAUAAAAUAUUUUAAAAAUAAAGCCAAGAAAUAUU